CCGAUCAACUUCCGCAAACUGGGAUCAACAUGGCUGGAGAUAUGUGGCUUUCAGAGUAUGACAGCUGUGCUGCUCUGGCACAGGAUAUACUGCAAAGAAUCAAUGAGAGAAACAGACAUGAUAGGACCAGUGCACAGUACACUAAGCUGUCUGGCCAGAUUCGCAGUAUGAUAAGACAAUUUUCCAAUGAUUUAAACAGACUGAAAGUAAACUUAAGUAGGACAGCAAUGUAUGGACUAACAGAGAGAGAAAAAGAAAGACGUCAGUCCAGCCUUGACGAACUUAUGUCUAAAGAGAAACAGAUUGACCAAGCAUUUAAUUUGCAGAGACAGGAUUCUGGUGCUGGAAGAUCAGCCCUUCUUGGAGCAGGGCCAGCAGGAUGGAAUAGUGACCCCUGGGGAGUGAGGGAAGAACCAGAAGCCAUCAGAGGAAUGUCCGUAGAUGAAAUUAAGCAGCAGCAGCAACAUCUUAUAAAAGCGCAGGACCAUGGUCUUGACAGUUUAGCUGAUGUUGUGGCCAAACAAAAGAGGAUAGCUUUAGACAUAGGAGAUGAAGUAGAUCAUCAGGAUGAGAUCCUUGAUGACAUCCACGACCACAUGGAUACAACAAAUCAAAGGCUGAUCACAGAAACCAGACAUAUAAGAAUUGUUGAUAGGAAAUCCGGUGCAUGUGGGAUGUGGGUGGUGAUUGUCCUCUUAUUUAUCGCCAUUGUUGUGAUAGCAGUUGUUCCCUACGAUGGAAAACCCUGAGUCACGGAUAUUAAAUGGAAACAGGAAUAAUAAUGGUGCAGGAACUCCAAGGAAUUGGAAUAAUUCACACGUAACAGAUCUGCUGGUGACACGAGAUGUUCAGCACUUCCUUGACUGUGGUCUGUAACAAUUUUUCUGAAUUGAUUUAAAAAAACUAUAAGACCAUAAGAACUUUAUGCCAAACUAUAUCAAGCCAUGUAUUUCAAAGUGUCACAUAAAUUUCAUGAAAUCAUCCCCAUUAGCUCUGUAGCUUUUCUUUAAUGGCAACCUGAUCCUUAUUGUUACAUGAUCAGUGCUACUGUUGAUAUCCAUAUUAUACUUACAUAUAUAGCACUUAGGCAUGUUCACACUAGGCUCAGGUGGACUGUUUCUGAUUUAAUAAUGUGAACACUGCUUGCUGUAUCAGAUUCUACUACAAGGUGCCCCAUCUCAGGAACUGGCCUUUUUUUUCUUUUUUCUCAUUGGUGGCUAGCAAUUCACAUGGCAAUGAUGUACUGAGAUGAGGCUUACUUCGCUUAGACAAAUUUAGCUUGGUAUUUCAUUGUUUUGUAUGAACAUGGCCUAAAACAUGGUUCAGUAUGUAGUAAUUUUAGUAAUGGUUAGUACAUGGUGUGGGGUUCAAAGGAGUCUUUACUUUGAACAGUGGGGUUUAUGCUCUGAUGACAUUUUACUUUGGUUCCCAUUUAGAUGUUAUUGCCUUGUUUGACACAGGGCAACAAUAAAGAAAUAAAGGACUGUUUAAACUUGUCUUACUUCAGAACAGAGAUUGUGUUUGGGGGACUCUCUGUAAACUGGUUUCUUGAAAUAAGUUUUCCUGGUCUAAAUUGACCUUGUAGCAAUGUUCUGUAUAAACCUGUAUGUUUUAUUAGUAUCAUGAUUAAAUAUAUGUCUACACAUCAUGACUGAGUAUGUGAAGGCUGUAAUUGUAACAUAGAUCUUGUAAUUUUCAGUGCAGAUAUUUCUUCUUUUUUCCCUUAAAACAGCUUAUGGUACUUGGUUGAAAUAUUUUUGAAAGUUUGCACAUAAAAAGUAUCCUGUAUUAUACAUGUCAUAUUUAUCCAAGUACUGGGAAUAGAAGUGUGGAUAAUACUUGAGAUGAGGGCAAAAAGUUUUCAAACAUUUUUAAAUACUGUGACCAUUUUAUUUACAUGAACUUAUUUAUUUAUUUAUUUAUUUAUUUAUUUAUUUAUUUAUUUGGUGAGGUAGUGGUAGAUGUGUUCCAUGAAAACUGCCUUAGAACCUUGCUGUAUCUAAGAGACUAAGACCAAUGAAUAUAUCUGAACUCAGGUCAAUGAAUUGGUUAAUAAUAAUUUAUAUGGAAUAAACUGUUUCAAAUCAG